CAUUCUUAGUGAGAGAAAUAGAGAGAAAAGAGAGAGAUUAACUAGUGAGAGAAAGAGAGAUGGGCCAUCACUCGUGCUGCAACAAGCAAAAGGUGAAGAGAGGGCUUUGGUCACCGGAAGAAGACGAAAAGCUCAUCAACUACAUCAAUACAUAUGGCCAUGGAUGCUGGAGCUCUGUUCCCAAACAUGCAGGUCUGCAGAGAUGUGGAAAGAGUUGUCGAUUAAGAUGGAUAAAUUAUCUAAGACCUGAUCUUAAACGUGGAAGCUUCUCACCUCAAGAAGCUGCUCUUAUCAUUGAGCUUCAUAGCAUUCUUGGUAACAGGUGGGCACAAAUUGCUAAACAUCUACCUGGAAGAACAGAUAACGAGGUCAAGAAUUUCUGGAACUCAAGCAUUAAAAAGAAGCUCAUGUCUCACCACUAUCACCAUCAUCAUGGUCAUCAUCAUCAUCAUACCUCUUCAAUGGCGAGUUUGCUCACUAACCUUCCUUAUCACAACGUGUUCAACGCUACUGCUGGCGACGAUGAAGGUUCAAGAUUCAUGUCCAGUAUCAUCACAAACACUAACCCUAAUUUCAUCACUCCAACCCAUCUCCCUCUUCCUUCUCAUCAUGUUAUGUCUCCAUUGAUGUUCUCAACCUCUAGAGAAGGAGAUAUCAAGUAUUUAACCGCUACCAACACAAACCAGUCUCAUCAAGAUAAUAACCUUUACACCAACCUCGACAUUUUGUCAGCCACGCCAUUCAUCAACAACCAUCAUCACCAUCAUGAUAAUGACCCCCAGUGGCCAUCGCUACCAGAUCUCCCAGCGAGUACCAUUUCCACUUUUCACGAUAACCUUCAAGAUUAUGAUGAUGGUGAUAAACUCAACGUGUUUGUAACACCAUACAAUGAUAAUGGUGAUCCUCGGAGCUUUCCUUUGGUGGCCACAAAGUUAAUAUGUGGACAAGUUCUUGAAGGCAAAGCAAUUUCACAAGACCACGGCAGCUUUCUUCUCCCAACAACGUACAACUUGGAAAUGCCUGGUGAUCAUCGACGAGUGGACUCAUACAUUAAUCACAUGAUCAUUCCCUCAUCAUCAUCCUCUUCAUCGCCAAUCUCUUGUGGACAGUACGUCAUCACUUAAGCAAACCCUAGUCAUCUCUAUCAACAUGGGAUUCCCAGACAUGAGUACGUAAUAAACAUAUAAAUAUAUAGAAUUUAUAUACGUUUUUAUAUCUAUAUAUAAGGAGGAAGGAGAGGACAUAAAUAAUCACUCACAUGUGUUGAUAACUCUUUUCCAUAUCAUAUAUAUUCUACACUAUAUAGUAUAGGAGUUUGUGAUAUGUUACAUUUAAUACGUUUUAGAAAUAUGGCAUCGUCUUUGUUUAAUCGAGGAAAACAUAAACGUUGCUAGUUCUUCUUCAGGUUGUAGUCGUGAGUUUGUGGAAAAAAGGUUACUAUUACAUAUAAAGUUCGUCCUUAUACAUUAUUAGUGAACACAUAUAAACACAUGUAUGUACCGUCUCUCUCUCGUCACCUACGUACACAUGUGUUUGUAUAUGGUCAGUUUGUUUUAAGCCUCUGUGUUGGAAAAUGCUGUCUUCAUCUUUGUUCUUGUCGGUUAUUGCAUCUCUCUAUCUAUGAUAUUAUGUGGGGUCAACCUUUGGACUG